AUGGACGGAAUGGUGGAGGAGAACGGCACGUCUGGUGGCGCAGGCGUUGCAGAUCCAUUGGCGAAUGCCAGCUCUUCUGCUGGUGCCUCAACCCCUCAUGUCGUUACUAGCAUCGUGCAACUAACCUUACCUGCACAAGCUCCAUCAGCACAGGUUCAAUCAGUCAUUCAACCUAACCAACAGUCAGUGAUACAGACAGCUUCGAAUAUACAAUCUGUGCAGUUACCCAAGGGAAAUGUGAUACUUGUUAGUAAACCUAGCUCUGUUAUACACACAACUCAAGGAACAUUACAGACAUUGCAGAUUAAACCAGAACCAAAUACAUUAGUGAAUACACAGGGACAAUCAUGCAGUGAUGAAAGUUGUAGUGAUGAUGAGAGUCCCAAGCGUAAAUAUCGUGAAAUGCUUACUCGACGUCCUUCGUACAGGAAAAUAUUGAAUGACCUAGGUGGUGCUGAAAUUGCUGAAAAUCGCAUGGGCUCUAAACCAGGAUGCGAGAAUGAAGUGUCGCUGUCAUCUCCUUUGUCAUUUGCACCAGUUAUUCCAGCUGGAGCAUUACAAGCAGAGAGCGGACUACAUACAUUGGCUGUAUCAGGUGCAGCUGGUGGCGGUGCUAUUGUACAGUAUGCAACCAAUCAAGAUGGCCAAUUUUAUGUGCCCGGUCCUAUCUUAGAAGACCAAACGCGCAAACGGGAGCUGCGGUUAUUGAAAAAUCGUGAAGCUGCAAGAGAAUGUCGCCGAAAAAAGAAAGAGUAUAUUAAGUGUCUGGAGAAUAGAGUUGCGGUUUUGGAAAACCAAAAUAAAGCACUUAUAGAAGAGCUAAAAUCCCUGAAAGAACUUUACUGUCAACAGAAAACAGAAUGA